AUGAAUAAAUACAGAGCAGCUUCCGUGAGUCGUUUUGCUUCUGUAUCAUCACUGGACCAACAAAACGAAGAGAGUAAACCAAAGGAGCAAGUUGCAAAAAUAGGGCCGAGUACAAUUACUGAAACGCAAACAACUACGCAAAGCAUCAGCUGCCACAAGCCCGUCGGAACCCCCACGCCUUUCUCGCCCAGCAGACAACGCGUAGCCAAGAGGAGAAACACAGCAGCAGUAGCAGCAGCAGCAGCAGCAGCAACUGCAGGGACAGCAGACAUAGCAGCCGCAAGUGCAGCGGCCGAAGUCAUCUUCCCAGGAGAGGCCACAAACGAACGCCUGAUAAGCGCAACAGACGUACCACAUAAUCUACACAGCAGCUUGUAUUUCGCACCAACAGUAACAACACAAGCAUCAGAAACAGGUGGAGCUGCUACUUCUGUUGCAGCAACAAUGACACCAACACCGGGAGUGGUAGCAGCAGCUGCUGCACCAUCACCAAUAGCGCCAGCGGCAUCAGACGUAGCAGUGACAACAGCAGCAGCAGCACCUAUGUCAACUGCUGCUGUCGCUGACAGCGGUGAUCUGUGCUGGAUGAUAUCUGAUUUGACUUCUUCCUGGACCCGCCCGGACUGCUUUACCUCGUGCGAUAGCAUUUUCGGGAGGGAAGGCGAAGGCCACAUAGGAACCAGUACUAAAAGCGAUUAUGACUGCCUAGAGUCAAACGGAGUGGCUGGAAGCCUCCAUACAGGCGUGAUGUACACCUCAAGAAGUGACGACAGUGGCAACUCCGGCUUUUCUGAUGAUUUUUACAAUUUUGGCUCCUCUUCGUUUGGUUCUAGAUUAAUACAGGGAGUUGGAGGGGAACAUACGCCUAAGGACGAGCUGAGCAGUAGCGUUUGGUCUUCCUUCGAAGUGGCAAACGAAGAAAACAGAGAAGAAUACAAAUGCACGCAGCAAGUUCUAAAUAGUACACGCGACAGAAGCCAAUCCAUCCUCUGUUGCGGGCUGCCGACAGGACCAACAACCGGAAAACGCAAGAUAUGCAAUGGUACAGUAAACUCAAUUUAA